AUUGUGACAGAUCAGCAAACAGGACAGAAAAUCCAGAUAGUGACUGCAGUGGACUCCUCCGUAUCCCCGAAACAGCAAUUUAUCUUGACCAGUCCAGAUGGAACUGGAACAGGAAAGGUGAUAUUGGCAUCACCUGAGACAUCCAGUGCCAAGCAGCUUAUUUUCACCACCACGGACAACCUGGUUCCUGGCAGAAUCCAAAUUGUGACUGAUUCUGCUUCUGUUGAGCGCUUACUGGGAAAAGCAGAUGUCCAGCGGCCCCAAGUGGUAGAAUAUUGUGUGGUGUGCGGAGACAAAGCAUCAGGUCGUCACUAUGGGGCUGUCAGUUGUGAAGGCUGCAAAGGUUUCUUUAAAAGAAGUGUAAGGAAGAAUUUGACUUACAGUUGCCGAAGCAACCAGGACUGUAUCAUCAAUAAACAUCAUCGGAACCGCUGCCAAUUCUGUAGACUUAAAAAGUGCUUAGAAAUGGGCAUGAAAAUGGAAUGUGAGUGAUGAAUAGUACUAAAAAUUGCAAUAUGUUUGUUGGAA